AUGCCGAGGGCGGCAGGCUUUCACGUUGGGAGAGGAAAGGCACUCUUGAGGCCGACCAGGGCAAAGGCUGUCGCCAUGCUAUACUCGCUGGCCACUCCUGACCGUGAACGAAUCCGCCGCGCGCACCUGCUGGUCGACGGCGCCGCUGCCUGGGCGUCCUGCGCUGGGGCCCCUGCCGCGGCGGCCCGGGGCGACGUCGACGCCGGCACGCUCGCCGGGGAGCCUCCCGAGGACCUGCUGAGCCUGACUGGAGACGGCGGGGCCGCGCAGGGGCCCGCGGCAGGCUGGGCCGGGCAGCUCGCCAAGAGGGUGCGGUUCAGCGUGGCGAGCACAGACGGCUCUGCCAGCGACCAACAGGGCGCCAGGCUCUGCCAGCGACCAACCAUGCCAGGCGCACUGGACUUAGGCGUGGAGUUCGUGGCAAAGGUCGACACGUGCUCGGCGAGAACGCUCACUGUGGGGCAACCGCCAUGGGGAAAUGUGAUAAUAAAGGUUAUGGUCGCUUCCGCGACGAUCGCCAGCCUUCCGAAAGUGGAGACGGUGGGCGUGACACUGGUGGACGUGAUAGUCGCGGGCGCGAUGACCGGCGCAAUUAGGACAGGGCCGGGUAACCGCAUCAGCGAUGCCAACAUCAAGUGGCUCGCGGCCUCUUUGAACCACAAUAUCACGUUCAACGACAAGACUUUCAACGGCGUGGCCCGGACGCUCACGGACAACGGGAAAGUUACGGGGCAGAACAUGACCGCUUUCAUCGAGAGUCACAGUCCGGCGGGCAGCAGAGAUGGGCGCCCGGCCUCCGAGAGGAACAGCUGGUCACCGCUGGAGGUCCCGAAAUCUCAGGACGCCGACGUCUGGGAGGCUGGGGACGAGAGCAGGGUGGUCCAGGCCGCCUCCGCCACGGCCUCCGCCGUCCUCGCGGCCGCCGGGCUCGCCGAGGGCGGCGGGGCGCGGGGGCGGCCGCCGCCCCCGGCCGCAGCAGGCUCGCCCGCGGCCCUCGGCGGCCUUCGGGCGGCCCUUGGGGCGGACGCCGAGCUCGCCAGAGUGGCCUCGCCCGCGGCGGAGCCGGCCACCCGCGCCGCGGACCCAGCGGGUCAGGAUUGGCGCGCCGCCGCGGGGCCGCUUCGCGCCCGGCGACCCGGUGCACGUGUGGAGCAACAGCCAGCAGAGGUGGAUCGAGGAGACGGGUUCGUGAGGGAGGUUUCGAUCGAAGAUCAGGAAGCUCAUGGCUGCCUCAUACCCGAAGGGUCCGUGCGCGUGGUCUUCGGCGGCGACACGAGCUCGAAGUGGGUGCUGGCCGCCCAGCUCGAUCAGUUCUUGCGGAAGGCGCCCGACGCGGCCGCCCGCGUCCCUUCGACCGCCACGCUCGCCGCGACGUCCCACCACCUGCCGCCGGCCGCCAAGUGGCCCGCGCCCGUGCCGGCCGCCGCCGCAGAGGGCUCCCCGCAGGGGCCUCCCGCUGCUGAGGCUCCGAUCUCCCCGGCGCGCCCGGAGAGCGUGCUGGCGGAGCUGCGGUCCGUGGAGCUGUCGUGCAAGCUGGCAGGGGAGAGCUUUGUGGACCACGAGUUUCCCGCACUGGUGUGCGGCAGGGUGACGCGGUGGUGCCGUCCACGGGAGAUCGGGCAUCAUGACGGUCAGCCGCUCGACGCUAAGGGCUGGAGCCCUCUGCGUGCAUCGAAACCGGGCUGGAAGCUGUUUCGUGGCGCUCCGCAGGCAGACGACGUCAGGCAGGGCGAGCUGGGGGACUGCUGGUUCCUGUCCUCCCUGGCGGCGCUCGCGGAGUUCGAGGAGGGCCGCUUCGUUCGGGCGCUCCUGCCCGAACAGACCGAGCUCAGCCCGGCGGGGGCCUAUGUCGUGCACCUGUGCCUGGGCGGCCGCUGGCGCAGCGUGCUGGUGGACGACCGCCUGCCGUGCAUCGGCGGGCAGGGUUUCUACACACAGCUGGCCUACUGCGCCACUGGCCGCCUGCAGCUGUGGGCGAGCCUGAUCGAGAAGGGCUUCGCGAAGGCGUGCGGCUCGUACGAGGCCGUGAGGGGCGGCCAGGCCAACCAGGCGCUCUCGGUGCUGACGGGCUGGCCGUGCACGACCAUCAACUUCGACCGGCACGGGUUUGACCCUGAGGUGCUCUGGGCUACGCUGUGCUCCUCCAAGGCGGCAGGCUUCCUCAUGACGUGCUCCACUGGCUCGGGGGAGGCCCAAGGCAUGGUGCCCAACCACGUGCACUCCCUCAUGGACGUGGCGGACGCUAGGGAUACGAACGGCAGGCUUGUCCACCUGCUGAAAAUCAGGAACCCCCACGGCAAGACCAAGUGGAGGGGACCGUGGUCGCCCGGCUCGCCGGAGUGGACACCAGAGCUGCGCCGUGCGCUGGGCUGCUCGGGGGAUGCCGGCUCCGGCGUGUUUUUCAUGGCGCUUGACGACUUCUUGCACCUCUUCGUGCAGUGCACCAUCUGCAGAAUCCACAGCGAGUGGUGCGAGGUCCGGGAAGAGCUGACCCUGCCCGGCGGCUCCCAAGUCCCGUGCGCCGCGCUCGAGCUGGAGGUCUUCGAGACGACGGAGUGCGCCGUGAGCCUGGUGCAGCUGGAGGAGAGGCUGCGGGGCGGGCCUCUGUGGCAGGGAGACGUCGAGCCCCUGGCGUGCAUCGGCUUCGUCCUGCUGAGCAUGGGCGGCGCGGACGCCCCAGUGGCCGUGGCCGCGGCCAACUUGCGCUGCCGGGCCGCAGCCUCGGCGGAGUGCUGGCUGAAGCCGGGGAUGACCUAUCUGAUGGCGCCGCGGGCCAGGGGGAGGCGGUCUGAAAUUUCGUCAAGCCUCGGAUCAGUUUAG